AUGUCACCGAUUGCUCCGAAAAGCAAGAACUCCGCAAUAAUGCAGGAAAUGUUCCCCUCAGUCCCCUGUCCCUCGUUCGAUAGGAGAGGGUGGGAGAGCACAGAGUCAAUGGACCCCGGCCCCCGCUCCUCAUGGUUCCCGGCCGUGCUCCAGCGAGCAUCGACGACAUGGAACACCCAGCCGUCACCAACGGCUCCCAUAAUACAGACGCAGUUCCUCAAUUGUGUCAACGGCACUGCGAAUGGAUACUCGGCCCAAGAUGUCCCCAAUAGCCGAUAUCUUGAACCCACAGAUGCCAACUCGGAGCUUGACUUGGUCUGUGUUGGUUUCGGGCCCGCCAGCGUCGCUAUCGCUGUCGCCCUCCAUGAUUCCAUGGAAGCCGGCAAGAUGGCACAAGCGCCUAAGGUGUUGUUCCUCGAGAAGCAACCCCAGUUUGCGUGGCACGCCGGCAUGCUGCUACCAGGGGCCAAGAUGCAGAUUUCUUUCGUCAAGGACCUCGCUUCGCUUCGGGACCCGCGAUCCAACUUCACAUUCCUCAACUACCUGCACAAGAAUAACCGGUACGCGCAGCUGGUUCCCAAAAUCCUCGGCGAUAAGACGGCGCCUUACCGCGUGGUCGUCGUGGCGCGGGACAGAGCGCCGCCGAAAUUUACAGCAACCGUCAACUUCCUCUUCAACCCCGAAUUCAUCGAUACCGUUUAUCCCAAGUCUUCUGCCUACCGCGCCCACCUCCUCGAGGAUGCUCGGGCUACAAACUACGGCGUUGUGAGGUUGGAACUGAUUGAGCAUUUGUUUGAGGUUAUGUACCACCAAAAGCGCACACUCGGCCCCGACGAGAAGAAAUGGCCGCACCGCAUCCUGGCUGGGCGGGAUAUCGUGGCCGUGGAGGACAGCGGCGACUCGCUCCGCCUUAAAGUAGCCACGCUUCCCAUUCCUGGAGCCCAAGAUGGGCCGCUACUGGGCGAGGAGGAGUUGGAUGUCGACCUCGUUAUUUGUGCCACGGGCUAUAACCGCACGGCUCAUGUCGACAUGCUGAAAGAUGCCUGGCAUCUCCUGCCAACGGCUAUGGAUGCCGAGAAUGGAGUUUUGAGAAAGGACCGCUGGUUGGUGGAAACUCGCAAGGCCGAGAACACAUCUACCAAAGUCAUGGAAGUUGGCCGUGAUUAUGGAGUCCGCUUCUCGCCUGGAGUUGUGGCUCCAGGCUCUGGUGUUUGGCUGCAGGGCUGUUGUGAGGCAACGCACGGCUUGAGUGAUACCCUUCUUUCUGUUUUGUCUACACGGUCCGGAGAGAUGGUCCAGUCCAUCUUUGGUGCAUCAGCAUGA